AUGAACAAAAAUAUUGCGAAGGAGGAGAAUAUGAGCACCGAUGAGAAUAUAUCGGCGGAGGAUCGUUAUCGUGGUCAGAGGGACUACUGGCGUCAAGUUGCUGAAUCCGAUAGUAUCGGAUUGAAUCAGUGGCAAGCCACUGAUUGGAUUUCUAUGUAUUUGGAACUUGUGAUUUGUGCAAAUGAUAGGUCGUUCAUACCUCUGCCGCAAGUGCAGUCAGAUGAGAUUCUGUCCAAGUUGGAGAUUGUGAAAGUUGCGAUAGAAACUGGUACUGAAGACGUGGAGCCGUCGAAUGAGAGACUCAACGCCAAGAGUGCAAAUGUCUACAUAACAUAUAAGGGCUUGACAGAGCUUCGAGUCUUUAAACGUGUUUUCGAGAUUGGUGAGCAUGUUGAACGCAAAGCCAUAGUUAGAAGAGUCAUCGAUGAGCAUACAGGAAACCUGACUCUCUUGGGUAAGCUUUGUGGUGGUCAAUAUGCCAAACCAUUGAAUCUCGUGGGUAAGAGUCCUGUCGAGAGUCCUCCGGGUGUCGAGAGUCCUCCAGGUCUCGAGAGUUGUAAAAAGCGACUUCGUUUAGGCUAG